UUCCCAAGGCUUCAGCCAGAAGACGAGGAAGAUCCGCUGCGGCCCCGAGACCCUCUUCGGGGAGCUCUUCCGCUGGCCUCACUACGGGAAGCUCGUCGUGGGAGAAAUGCUGUCCAUCAAGGUUUACAACUGCAGCAAGGUUUUCAGUAACAGGCUUCUUGGUACCCUUGUCCUCAGCCUUCAGCACCUGAUGAUAUCUGGGAGGCUGAUCCUCCGGGAGGCCCUCGUCGACAGGAACCACAGAGUCACUGGUAUCUACAUUGAGUUGGAUUUGCGCUACCAGCCUCCAGAUGGCUCAGCUGGGACCUGGGUUGAGGAGGACUUUGUUUACCAGAUGAAAGACAGUUCUGAGUUAAUCAUCCGCAAUCCUGGAUUUGAGGAGCUGGAGGCAGCCGAGGGGCCGAGAGCGAGUGAACUGGACCGGAGGGCUGCUGCGCUAGGCAGAAAGCUGGCGAAAGGCCUGGACACUGAUGAAGAAGAGGAAGAGGAAGAAGAAGAUUUCUAUGAUGUGUCUGAGAUGGAAAUCUCGGGCAUUGUCUUCAGCCCUGUGAAGAGCCGCUCCAGACUUUGCUCCGCACGGGACCUCUUUGCCACCCCAACCCCGCAGAGCUUCCAGGUUGGGAUUAAUAUAAUUGAAGCGCAGAAGCUGGUGGGGGUGAACAUAAACCCCUUUGUGGUAGUCAAAGUUGGAGAGGAGAAGAGGCACACGGCAACGCAGAAGUCAACAAACUGCCCCUUCUACAAUGAAUAUUUUCUGUUUGAAUUUCAUGAGCCAAGGGACGUUUUAUUCCACAGACUCAUAGAGAUCUCGGUUUUUCACUCAAAGAAGAUACCGUUCCUGGGAAUGUGCAUAGGAACAUUCAAGAUGGAUGUUGUGACAGUGUACAGCCAGCCAGAUCACAGGUUUUUCCAGAAGUGGGCUGUUAUCAGUGACCCCACGGACACCCGGGCAGGUGUGAAAGGCUUUGUGAAGUGCAACAUCUCUGUCACCGCACGUGGGGACGUUGUGGGCUCCCUUCCCACCUCUUCCAGCAGCCGGGAUGAGGACAUUGAAAGGAACCUGCUGCUGCCUAAGAGAGUCCCUGCAGAGAGACCCUGGGCCAGGGUCUGCAUCAAGCUGUAUCGUGCUGAGGGCCUGCCCAGCAUGAGCGCAGGCAUCAUGGGUGGUUUCUCCAAGAUCAUAGGGGAGAAAAAAGCCUUUAUCGACCCAUAUGUGCAGGUCUCAUUCUGUGGGCAGCAGGGGGAAACAUCAGUGGAGACCAACACCACUGAGCCCAAAUGGAAUGAGCAGAUCAGCUUCAUUGAGAUGUUCCCGCCUCUGGCCAGGAAGAUAAAAGUCCAGGUGCUGGAUGAUGCCAAUGUUGGUGAUGUGGCCAUUGCUACACACUACAUUGACCUGCAGCAGAUCUCGGACCCUGGCAGGAAUGGCUUUAACCCCACGUUUGGCCCAGCCUGGGUGAACCUAUAUGGCUCCCCUCAGAACUCAGCUCUGCGGGACAUCCACAAAGACCUCAAUGAGGGCAUGGGCGAGGGGAUCUUCUACCGCGGGCGCAUCCUCAUGGCCAUCACGGUGGAGAUCUUCAGCAACUCUGGCAUGGCAGAGAGGAAGCUUGGGGACAAGACAAAAGGUGCCCUAAGCAAACUGAAGCUGAAGAAGAAAAGUAAGAAAUCCAAGGAGAAAGCCAAAGAACUGAGGCAGCUGCAGGGAGAGGAGGAGGCUGGGGACUCUCAGGAGACUGAGCAGCCUGAGGAGGUCACUGUGGAGGUGGAAGAGCUUCAUCCACUCCCCGAGAACAUGUUGGGGAGGAAGGAGGAAUUCCUCCUCUUUGCUGCCUUCUUUGAAGCCACUAUGAUGGACUCCUCUCUCAGCUCCAAGUCUGUCAGCUUUGAAGUCUCUAUAGGAAACUAUGGCAAAGCUGAAGAGGUUGUGACUAAAGUAUGGAGAAAAGUGGAAAAGGGAGAAGUGAAAGAAGAAAAGCAGCCUUUGCUGGACCCUGGUUCAGAUGGUGAGCUGGAUGUUGAAGUCCUGGCCUCAGCUUCAGCAGCACUGAACAAGUCGAUGACUGAGAGCCAGAGACCAGAGCCCACAGAGUAUGACAGGUCGUACAGCUGCCUGCCCAUGAUGCAUGAGAAACCCUGUGUGUACGUGUGGAGCUACUGGGAGGAUCACACCUGGAGACUCUGCAUUUCCAACUGGAUCGUCAAGCUGGCAGAGCGCCUGGAGCAGGGGCUGUAUGACGUGGAGAAGCUUGUGAGAAGGCCAAAGGCUAAAGCAGAAGAACGGCUCAGAGAGGUGCUGGAGGAAUUUGUAGCUGGAUGCAGGCAAUAUUCACUCAGCGCAGAGAGAAAAACAAUGGCACAUCCAAACAACCUUGACAGAUGUCGGACAAAGUACCUGAUGCGCAACAUCAUCCUGUGUGCAAAGCAGGGGCUCCGCAUCAGGCGGCGGCUGACUCGAACCAAUGUCAAGGAGAAGGUUAAGGAGACAAGGAAGAUCCUGGCAAAGCUAUGCUUCAUGGCUGAAGAGCCCCAGUGCACCCUCCCUGAUGUACUCGUCUGGAUGCUCUGCAACAACAGGCGUGUGGCGUAUGCAAGGAUUCCUGCGCAGAACAUUCUCUACUCGGUAGUCGAAGAGGAGAAAGGCAAGGACUGUGCAAAGAUCCAGACUGUCUUUAUGAAGGUCCCUGGCUUACACACCGGUGAGAUCUUUGCCAAACUGGAAAUCUACAUGUGGCUUGGGAUAAAGAAAUACGCAAAGAACUGUUUGGUGGAGCUGCCUGAGGAGUUCAAGUACCUCUCUGAGAGUGGACAGGAGGUAGCCCAGCUCUCGGCGUACAGUCCCCCCAGCCGUCUCAGCAGGGAUGAUUUCAGCUAUUUCCAACUCCGAGCCCAUCUGUAUCAGGCUCGGGGAAUCCUCCCUGCAGAUGACAAUGGCCUUUCAGAUCCAUUUGCAAGAGUGGUGUUUUCAACUCAUUGCCAAACCACAAGGAUGCUGGAGGAGACACUGAGCCCCAUGUGGAAUGAACUACUUCUGUUCAACCAGCUCGUUAUUGAUGGGAAAAAAGAGGAGUUGAAAACAGAGACCCCUAUCAUUAUAAUCAACCUUUUCAGCCACAAUAAAUUUGGCUCCCCUGAAUUUCUCGGCCAGGCCUUUGCUGUCCCACAGGUGAAGCUGGUUGAUGAGCCGUACACCAAACCUGCCCUGCAGUUCUUCGAUUUCUAUAAAGGCACCAAAGCAGCGGGAGAGCUCAUUGCCACUUUUGAGCUGAUUGAGCUGGAUUACAGUGGCUAUUUGGAGCCAUCAGUGCCUGAAGAUGUGGAGCCCAAGGAGCCUGACCACCUGGGAGACCCCCGUGAUGGACGGUUCAUCAUCCCUGAAGGCAUCCGCCCGGUGCUGAAGGAGUUUCGCAUAGAGAUCCUGUUCUGGGGCCUGCGAGACCUGAAGCGGGUGAACUUGUUCGAGGUGGAUCAGCCCCAGGUGAUCAUUGAAUGUGCUGGCAAGAAGGUGGAGUCGGAGGUGAUCGUGACCUACAAAGAGAACCCCAACUUCACCGAGCUGGUCAAAUACAUGGAUGUGGAGCUCCCAGAGCAGGUCUACUUUCACCCUCCCCUCAGCAUCUUUGUGGUGGAAAAGCGGGCAUUUGGGCACACUGUGCUGGUGGGUACCCAUGUUGUGUCCGAUGUGAUGAAAUUCUCUCCCAGAGAGCUGGAGGAGGAACCAGAAGACAUGCCUAAAGCUCGGAAAGUCUCAUCCCAGCGUCUUCCCUCUCAGACUGUGGUAAACAUUGGCCUGGCAGGUGGUGACCCAGGUCCCAGCACUCACCCCCUGAGUCUUGUGAAGUCUCCUUUGAAGAAAAUUCCUAUCAAUAAGCUUGUAAAGAAGGAAGAUGAAUAUGAAGAGGAAAAACCAGAGCUGGAAGAACUGGAUUGGUGGUCCAAGUACUACGAGUCCCUGAAGGAGCUGUACAACCAGACACGCAGUGAUGAGGAAGAUGCUGAGAAUGAUGACCUGAAUGAUGCAGAUGGGGGGAAUUUAAACAUAUCCUCCAUUGACAUGGAAGCAGAAGAUGAGGCUGUAAUUGAAGCUGAACCUGCUCGACCCAAGAGAAAACUCAUCGCCACCCUUCAGAUCUACAACUCUGAGCUGGAAAAUGAGUUCGGUAAUUUUGAAGACUGGCUGUGUAUUUUCCCUCUUCAUCAUGGCAAAGCAAAUGAGGAUGAAGACGGAAAUGAGGAUGAACAUUUUGUGGGGAAGUACAAGGGCUCCUUCUAUGUCUACCCUACUGAGGAAGCCAGCAUGGAGCCCAGGGUCUCUCAGGGCAUUCCAAGGAACAGGCCCAUCAAGGUUCUUGUAAGAGUUUACAUCGUUAAGGCUACGAACCUGUCUCCAGCAGACCCCAAUGGCAAGGCAGACCCCUAUGUGGUGGUGACUGUGGGGCAGGCGCAGAAGGACACAAAGGAGCGAUACAUCCCAAAGCAGCUCAAUCCUGUGUUUGGAGAAAAUGGCUACAACAUGUGGCGAGAUGCUUUCAAGCCCACACAGAUCUUGGAUAGUUUAUGCAAGAAAAACUCACUCCCUGCAGCAGAGUAUAGACGGGAGGAGGUCAAAGUGGACAAUAAAAUAUUCAAGAUCCCUCCGGAAGCUUUUCCUGAAGAGGCAUCUGUGAGGAACCAGAGAGGAGUGGCAGAUGAGAACUGGUCAGUGGAUGAUGAACAUAAGGCUUUGUACGUGCUGCAGCACUGGGAAGAGAUGCCAGGAUAUGGGUACAAGCUGGUACCAGAGCAUGUGGAAAUCCGGUCCCUGUACAACCCCGAGAACCCUGGCCUUGUGCAGGGCUCCUUGCACAUGUGGAUUGACAUGUUUCCAAAUGACGUCCCUGCACCACCGCCUGUCAAUAUCAAGCCGCGACUGCCCAUCAGCUAUGAGCUGCGUGUUAUUAUCUGGAACACGGAAGAUGUGAUCCUUGAUGAUGUCAACCCAGUAACAGGAGAGCCUUCCAGCGAUAUCUACGUGAAAAGCUGGAUAAAGGGUCUUGACCAUGACAAGCAGGAGACGGAUGUUCACUUUAACUCCUUGACCGGGGAGGGAAAUUUCAACUGGAGGUUCAUCUUCCGCUUCAACUAUCUCCCAACUGAGAAGGAGAUCACCUACAAGAAGAAGGACUCUGUCUUCUCCAUGGAGGAAUCAGAAUUUCGGGAACCAGCUGUUCUGGUCCUCCAGGUCUGGGAUUACGACAGGAUUUCAGCUAAUGACUUUCUAGGCUCCAUUGAGCUGAAGCUACAUGACAUGGUGCGGGCAGCCAAGAGCUCAGAGCAUUGCACUGUCAAGAUGGCCAAGGAGAAUGCAACACCUCGCUUCUCCAUCUUCCGAAACAAGCGCAUGAGGGGCUGGUGGCCCUUCAUCAAACUUAAAGAACAAGAAGAUGAUGAGAGAGAGGAGAGGGAGGACAAGCAGAAGAAGAAGAAAAAGAAGCGGAGCAGCUCAGUCAAACCAGAAGACAUGGAGUUCACAGACCCCAGUGGGAACAAGUACCUCCUGACAGGUAAGGUGGAAGCGGAGCUCCAGCUGCUGACUGUGGAGGAGGCUGAGAAAAAUCCUGUUGGUUUGGGCCGAAAAGAGCCUGAGCCCCUGGAAAAGCCCAAUCGACCAAAAACUUCUUUCAACUGGUUUGUGAAUCCCAUGAAGACUUUUGUGUUCUUUAUCUGGAAGCGGUACAAGAAAUAUAUCAUUGUGCUGUUCAUUGUCGCUGUUCUGACCAUCUUCCUGGUUCUUUUGGUCUACACCAUGCCUGGAUACAUCAGUGAGAAGAUCAUCAAUGGAUAAAUGCUUUCCAGCAGAGGACUACUCAAAGACAGGCAUGACUGAAGGAUUUGAAACUGGACCAGAAAGUUUAAGGAAACCUUGCAGGUGCAGAGGCAGCCUUCAGAGUGAGAGACUUGCAGAAGGGGCCUGUCUUUGGGGAGUAAUAUUUCAUGCUAAGUACCCAUGGAUGCUAAGAAACCAAGUAACCAACCUACUAAAUAAGACAAACUCCUUGAAGGGCAGUUACAGCUUUGGGAAAAAAAUUGUUCUUUGUGGGACUGAGAGGGUGGGAAAUCAGGAUCUUUUCUGUGGGCUGUCCCCACAGACAUGGCAGCUGAAUCCAGCUAUUGCCUUUGAGAGGGAUUCUGGCAGAGAUGGGGACAUACAAGGGCCAUCCAUGCCCCAGCUUGACAGCACUUGGCACUUCCCAGGGCUUUGCCUGAAGAGUUCAAAACACAUUGUACAGGGGGAAGGCAGGUCUGGUGUAUGGUCCUGGUAGGUAGGAGGUCCCAGGAGGUAGGACCUGGAAGACCUUUGAAUGGGGCUCCCCAGGGAAAAGAAUGGCAGAGCCAAGGUAGCCAUGAGCUUCCUGCCAUGUCAAGAACACAGGAACAGCUCCUGGAGCUGGAGUCCUCCCUAAAUGUGGUGGCACUCCCCAGGACAUGUUCUUUCUGGUUGUCCCUCCUUACAAGCUGCUUAACAGCUUCUCCUGUAGGUGCUGGGUUGGGUUCAGGCUUGCUUCUAAUUUCAUUUUGGCUCUUUGUUUCCAUAGGAAUAAAAGCUCCUUGGCUGCUCUCUCCCA